GGCAAAUUAAAAAAGAAAAAUAAAUUUCUACAUUCAGACCGAUCUCGCACGUCUCUCUCUCUCUCUUGCUCGCAAUCUACGAGACUUGAAUUAUACAUUCGGGAACAAAACUUUUGCUUUCUUCAAACUAGAGAAUCCCAUAUUUGCUUCAAAAGUGGAUCAUGGAAUUGGUUUGUGCCUAGUGCAUGACCUUUUGAGUUGAGCAAUUAAUACCGCGAUGGGCCGAAGUGGUGUUUUCAAAAGAUCAAAUGGUGGUGCCAGGCUUAUUAUAGCAACUGUCAUGGGGAUGGUGUUUGGAUAUUUUGUUGGUGUUUCAUUUCCAACGGUUUCUCUUACUAAGAUUAACUUAUCUUCAAGCCUUAUGUCAUCUUUUGACUCAGCCUUCUACGACGAUCAUCAUAAAAAUAUUGGACGUAGCUUUCCCGAAAAUCUUGGUUCGGGUAGCACCCCUACAACACCGAAGAUUUAUGUUCCAACAAAUCCUCGGGGUGCAGAGUCAUUACCACCAGGAAUUUUAGUCUCAGAAACUGAUUUUUACUUACGAAGAUUAUGGGGGGAACCAAGUGAGGAUCUGAAAAAGAAGCCAAAGUACUUGGUAACUUUCACUGUUGGUUUGGAUCAGAAGAAUAAUAUUGAUGCAGCAGUUAAAAAGUUCUCUGAGGAUUUUCAAAUUUUGCUUUUUCAUUACGAUAAUCAGACAAGUGAAUGGGAUCAAUUUGAGUGGUCAAAGCGUGCAGUUCAUGUCAGUAUAAGGAGACAAACAAAAUGGUGGUAUGCAAAGAGGUUUUUGCAUCCUGAUGUUGUAGCAGCAUAUGAUUACAUUUUCAUUUGGGAUGAAGAUCUUGGAGUUGAACACUUCAACGCUGAGAAGUAUAUUCAACUAGUUCGGAAACAUGGUCUGGAGAUUUCUCAACCAGGGCUUGAACCCAAUAAUGGACUGACUUGGCAAAUGACAAAGAGGAGAGGGGACAGAGAAGUUCACAAGGAUACAGAUGAGAAACCAGGCUGGUGCAGUGAUCCACAUUUGCCUCCCUGUGCUGCAUUUGUAGAAAUUAUGGCCCCUGUAUUUUCUCGGGAAGCUUGGCGGUGUGUGUGGCAUAUGAUUCAGAAUGAUUUGGUUCAUGGAUGGGGUCUUGAUUUUGCCCUCAGAAGAUGUGUAGAGCCUGCACAUGAGAAAAUCGGUGUGGUGGAUUCGCAAUGGGUUAUUCAUCAAGUAAUCCCUUCUCUUGGCAGUCAGGGUCAAUCUGAAAAUGGUAAAUCUCCAUGGCAAGGGGUAAGAGAGAGGUGCAGAAGUGAGUGGGCUCAAUUUCAAGACCGCCUUACAAAUGCAGAUAAGGCAUAUUUUGCGCAGAUUGGAAGAGGUUGAUUUUGAGAUGAUCACAGCCCCAUCUUGUACAGAUAAGGCAUAUCAUCCCUAUGUUUUUCUUCUUCAUUUCCAUUCUUUCAACCCUGGGUUGCUGCAUUUUAGUGCCCGAUUAUUCGAUGAGAUGUUUUAUUCUAUUCAGUAGGGAUGAUAACCACAGAUUCUGUAGUUACUGACCACCAGACAAUGGAAGAGAAUUUUACCUUUUUGUGCAUAAAUAUAUUGAGUUUAGAUUCAUUUAUUAUGUACUUUCCCCUGCCUUUUUUUUU